AUGGCGCCCUUCUUCGGAAAGUUAAGAGGCAAUACGGGAACCGGAACUCAAGCUUCCACCUCUUCCUCGGUCAAGAAGCUCAAUACGGAAAUACAUGACCCAAACGCACCAAUGGAGGAUAAACAAGAUGCUAAACAAAAGACAAACGGUAAUCCUUCCGUCAAGGGUGGCGUAGCCCCCCCUGCGCAACAACCGCCUAAACCGGAGGAUAAGGACUCACCGGAAUACAAGAAAAAAGUUGCGAUGCAUAGACUUCCAAUCUUAGAAACAAGAGACAAUGCCAUGAGCUAUGGGAUGCAAGAAUCGCUCUUUACGUCUCUGAAAGAUAUUUUCGAGGCUAUAGUUGCCACUCAAGAGAGGAUGGGCGUCAUCCGUCCUUAUAGCUUCCUCGAAGUGUUACGACGAGAACAUGAAAUGUUCAGAACAGCGAUGCACCAGGACGCGCAUGAAUUUCUUAAUCUACUACUAAACGAAGUGGUUGCCAAUGUGGAAGCAGAAGCCGAACGUUCACUACCUCCAGAAAUAGACCAGCAGUCGGAGAGUGGUGAGUUGUCCACGAACACCACAACCACUGGGUCUGUAGCAACGACACUCACGAAUUCCAAUACCUCUAAAUCACCCAAUAACACACGAUGGGUACAUGAACUUUUUGAAGGGACUUUGACCUCGGAAACGCAAUGCCUUACGUGUGAGAACGUAUCACAGCGAGAUGAAGUUUUUUUAGAUUUGUCGGUCGAUCUUGAUCAGCAUUCGUCAGUAACGUCAUGUUUACGAAAGUUUUCGGAGGAGGAGAUGCUCUGUGAACGCAAUAAAUUUCAUUGUGACAAUUGCGGGGGCCUGCAAGAAGCUGAAAAGCGGAUGAAGAUUAAACGAUUGCCGCGCAUCUUAGCUCUUCACUUGAAGCGCUUUAAAUACACUGAGGAUUUACAAAGACUCCAGAAGCUAUUCCAUAGAGUGGUGUAUCCCUAUUACCUUCGAUUAUUUAAUACUACCGAUGACGCCGAAGACCCUGAUCGUCUCUACGAGCUUUAUGCCGUCGUUGUCCACAUUGGUGGUGGUCCUUAUCACGGCCACUACGUUGCUAUUAUAAAAACAGAGGACAUGGGUUGGCUCCUUUUCGACGACGAAAUGGUGGAACCAGUUGACAAGAAUUACGUCCGUAAUUUCUUUGGAGACCGCCCUGGGUUGGCGUGCGCGUACGUGCUCUUCUAUCAAGAAACAACUUUUGAAGCCAUGCAAAGGGAACAGGAAAAAGAAGGAAUGACUUCAAUGAAUCGAGCAUCGGUGGACACCAAGGAUUUAGUUUCCGUUUCGCAGCCCAAAAUGAACGGGUCUACUACUGGUUUCGAUGAAACCAAUCGAGGAAACACCGUGACCCCCUCCGCAGAUCUUUCACCAACUUCGCCCUUAAAAAGAAUACCAACUGCACCGGAACCAUCUACCCAUCCUGAGAAUGCGACGCCUAGUCUCCCACCUCUCCCACACCUUCCUCAAACCCCUGUGAUGUCCAGCUCAACCAACCUAAAUUCUAAAAAGAGCGACGUUAUCUUCAAAAAAGAACGCGCAAAGGAAGAGAAGGAACGGAAAACUGCAGAGAAGGAGAAGGAGAAGGCACAGAAGCAAAAACGAAAGGAACUGGAGGCUAAACUGAAGGAGGAAAUUAAGCGCCAAGACGCCGAACUCAAGACGGCUUUGGAACUUAGUAAAGCUUCUAAGGCUGAGGAGGACCGCCGUAUUGCAACUCCUCGCAACGGUAAGGAGAACGGCCAACCCGGAGGAACGGCAGGAGGUCUUGGUCGGUUCAAACUGGGCAGUAGGAGUUUGAGCUACGGCAUAUUAUAUUCUAGAGAUAAAGAGAAGGGUCCAAAAUCAUCGACAGAGCCGCCGCCAGUACCCGUACCCCCAAUGUCCCUACCGCUCCCAUCCGCCACUGCAGACCCCAAGAGCCCUGUCGCAGAGAGCAAUCUUAGCAACAAUUGGCCUUUGAAGGAUGAAGUAUAUUCCAAUCCGCCAGUCGACUCUACCGCCCGUAGCAAAAACGAAGACCCGAAACCACGACCAAAUCCAUCAAACUUUUUCAAUAAUAUGAAGAUACGACCACGAGAAGUCUCCAACAGCAUCAACCAUUCCAGUCGCCAUACCAAUUCCGAUCACAAUCACAAUCAUGCUCGCAGUUACGAUAUCAACCACGAUCCCAAUAGGAAGCAAACACACAAUGGCAAAGGUCACGAAAAUAACGGAAACUCAGUGAAGCAUGCAACACCAAAACGCAGCCGGUUCAGUCUACGAAGGAAAUCGUUCAGCGUAACAUAGUUUUGGUACUUCAUAUUACUUAGCUCUGGCUUGGUAACAACCAACCAUGGUCCUCCUUGUCACAUGUGAUAUUUUUUUUGAAAUCGCCUUCGUUCUGUCGCCUCUCCCUCUCUCCCUCUCUCCUCUCCACACUCGCACACACAAAACUUAUUACAUUUUCUCAUUUCCUUUGCAUAUAUGUACAUGUACAGCACAAUCUGCAUGUGCUAUUUAACGUCAUCUACCAUUGGAAAAUCGCAAAUGAAAGAAGUCGAUGGCAUUUAUUUUAACGUCCUACGCCGGAAUUCAUUCCCUUCUGCCCUAAUCUGUUUUUGCAUAUAACUUUUCGCCCCUUUCUUAUCUCUGUUCCUUUGUUUUGUGGCCUCUGCCGUCCAUAUCCAUAUAUACCAUGUUCCCCUUUUCUCCCUUCAAUGUAGAAUUUAAAUUUAUUCUUCUUUCUCUUGUUUGUUACCUUACCUUGUAUGUUCAUUAUUGCUGGCUGGCUUGGUUUGGUUUGGGAUUCGGCUUUGGCUAUGGCUUCGGUUAGGUAGGCUAUUUACGUUCACUAAAUGUUUGG